AAAAAAUAGUUUAUCGUGAUUAACACUCAUGUGUUUUGGUCAAUGUUGUCAUUUCAAUUUUCCUCACUACUUUGUCCUUGCUAAAAAGCAAAAAGUAGACCAUAAUGGGAUUCAGCUGUGUUCCCUUUACAUUAUCUUUGGUGCAUGAAGACAUGUUGAGAAGCUUCUAAUAUGAAUUUUAUUUUGUGUAUUGCUUUUUUGUUAGUUUGCUACUAGUGCAAGUUCAGUAUCGGAGCCAAGAAAUCAGGAGAGUUUUGAAAUCCUGGCACUUCACAACAUAUAGCAUUUCCUCACCAAUGAGGUGCCGCUUAUAAGGGUCUUUUCUUGCAUCUAUAACCCAGCAACGGCCAUAUUUAUCAGCCUGCAAACAUGUUCAAGUCAUGGAGCAAGAAGAACAAGAUCAAAGCUCUAUUCAAAUUGGAUUUUCAGGCAACUCAGGUGCCAAAGAUGAAAAAGAAUGCAAUAAUGGUGUCUUUGGUACCAGAUGAUGUUGGGAAGCCAACAGUGAAACUAGAGAAAACUGCUGUCCAAGAUGGGACCUGCUCAUGGGAGAAUCCAGUUUUUGAAUCAGUUAAACUUGUUAGGGAUUCAAAAUCAGGAAAAAUUCAUGAGAAAAUCUACCAUUUCAUUGUUUCAACUGGGUCUUCAAAAUCUGGCUUUCUUGGGGAAGCCUCAAUUGAUUUUGCGGAUUUUGUUGCAGAAACCGAGCCAAUGACUAUUUCUCUACCUCUAAAGUUUGCCAAUUCAGGCAUAGUUUUACAUGUGACUAUUCAGAACGUCGAAGGAUAUGCUGCUGAAAGAAAUGGGGAAGAUAAUGAAGCCGAGGGACUUUACAGUGAAGGAAGCUUGAAACACCAGCUGAGCUAUGGCAGUACGGAUCAUGAAAGUUAUAAUGUUGAUGAAAAUGGGGACGCGGCAAGGACCAGAUCUGAGUAUUCCGAACAAGAUGCAUCCAAUGGCAUCAGUGCUGUGGCAGCUUCAUGGGAGGAUCCGUAUAGCUUCAGACAAAAUUCAAUUCCAUCAAGAGGAACUGUUAAGGCCAUUGCAACUGAAACCCAAGUGCAUAAGAGGUCAAACACAAACUGGUCAACUGGUUCAGCAUCAGAUGGAAGUUUAGGUGACUGGACUAACAGCCUGGAAGAGAGUAUUCCAAGAGAAAGAUUACAAGAGCCUUCGAAUAAUUCCACUGAUAGCCUCCAAAGUGAAAUUGCUUCUUUGAAGAGGCAGGCAGAAGUAUCAGAAAUAGAGUUGCAAUCACUUCGAAGGCAGGUAGAAAAAGAAAGCAAUAGGGGACAGAAUUUGUCAAGACAAAUAAUCAGUCUCAGAGAGGAGAGAGAUUUGCUCAAAACCAAGUAUGAGCAACUCAAGUCUCAGCAGAAUUUCAACAAUGAGAGCAAAACCACAAAAACCUUGAAGUCUGAGAUUGAAGAUACAAGGCUUCAGUUAGAGGCAAUAAAGGAUGAGCUUGUUUAUGAAAAAGAUAUGAAGGCCAAUCUCCAAUUGCAAUUGCGGAAGACUCAAAACUCAAACUCUGAAUUACUUUUGGCUGUGACAGACCUUGAAGCAAUGCUGGAACAAAAGAAUAAUGAAAUAUUGGAUCUGUCUACCAAUAUAAAAUCCCAGAAGAUUACUAAAGAGCAUGAUGAUGCCACAGAAUUAGAUCUCUUAAGGCAAAAAAUUGCAGACCAGGAUGAUGAAAUAGACAAUUACUACAAGCAACAUGAAGAGCUAAGUGAGCAAAUAAAAGAACUCACCUUAGAGUAUGAUCUUCUUAAGAAGGAAAAUGUGGAUAUCUCUUUGAGGUUAAAGCAAGAUGAAGCACAACACAUCAAGUUACAGAAUGAGCAUUCGUCUUCUUUGGUUACAAUACAACAACUUGAAUCCCAAGUAGAGAGAUUGGAAGAAAAGCUAAAGGUGCAGGAAGAUGAAUUUUCAGCAUCUCUGCUCUGCAUCAAGGAACUUGAAAAUGAAGUCAAAUCUUUGGAGAAAGAACUGAAACUACAGGCAGAGAAAUUUGAAGAAGAUCACCAUGCUAUGCAAUGUGCAAAAACUGAGCAGGAACAACGGGUCAUCCAAGCAGAAGAGGCCUUGAGAAAGACAAGACACAAUAAUGCUGUCGCAUCUGAGCGUUUCCAGGAGGAAUAUAGAUUGCUUUCUGUUGAAAUGUCACAAAAAGUUGAGGAAAACGAAAAGAUGACUAUUAAAGCAGUUGCAGAAGCUGAUGAAUUGCGGCACCAGAAUAAACUUAUAGAAGAAAUGCUCCAUAAAUGCAAUGAGGAGCUCAGGCUUAUCACAGAUCAGAAUGAAUUGAAAAUGAAAGAGCUUUUGAACCAAAUGGAUUCUAAAGCCGAAACAAUAGAACAGAUGUCGCAAGAACUAGAAGUUAAGUCGAAACAACUUGAGGAUGCACAAAGGCAAAAGGAUGAAAAGAAUGCUUCAUUUUCAAAGCAAAUUCAAAUGCUGGGAUCUCAAAUUAAGAUGUUGAUGGCAGAUGGUUCAUUGUCUGAAACGAAGCUAACAAAGAACACGACUGAGACCCAGAAAGGACAACGAUUUAUGACAUCAAAUGAUGAGGAGAAGAUGCUUGUAACCCUACUGUCGGAAGUAGAAACCUUUAAGAACCAGCACAAUGAAAUAAAACAAAGUUUGCGCAAAGAACAAGUGGAGAAAGAAAAUAUGAAGAAACAGAUAUCUCAAUUAGAAGGAGAGCUGAAGAAGAAGGAAGCAGAGUUAAGUGCUAUGGAAAAGAAGCUCAAGAAUAACAAAGGACGUGUUGCAAAUGAGAGUGCUGCGCCUCCUUCUGCUAAGGCACAUAUGAAGAAGUUAAAAUCCGAAAUGCAUAAGGGAAUGGAUGCUGCAAACGCUGCUGUUAGCAAGUCUGAAGGAGGAACAGUUGGCAAAUCAGCUGGAAGUGAGGGCCAUGCAAAUGAAAUGUUGAAUGAAGUUGCACAGCUAAAGGAAAGGAACAAGAUUAUGGAAAGCGAGCUGAAAGACAUGGAAGAAAGAUAUUCAGAGAUUAGUCUGAAAUUUGCAGAGGUAGAGGGAGAAAGACAACAGCUUGUUAUGGCUCUACGCAAUCUCAAGAAUGGUAAAAAGAACUAGAAUUUGUUGCGGGUGUUGUGUCUCAAAGAAAACAUACAUGAGUGGUGAAGGAGGCAGACUAUCAUCAUCACCAGAAUGGAGGAAACAAAUUUAACAAGUACUUUGCAGUUUGCACUUAAGUUGGGACAUAUAUCCUGUACAUCUACUAACAGUUUCACCUCAUCCAAAUUUUUUCUGGGCCACUUGGUCCAUCCAAUAUUCUUGUCGUAUGAUAAGUUGGCAAGUGACUGAAGUGAGCCAGGGGUAUGAUGCUGUAGCCUCAUAUAGGCCAUGUCAUCAGUUUGACAUUUUUGGCAUGCAAUGUAACAUAUGCAUAAAUUAUAUGAUGAUCAGAAGAAACGGUUUUUGAUUGAGUGUGGAUAGAAUAAAGAAAAACAGGCUAAUGAGUAUAA